ACUCCUGUACGCUACACUCUCCCCUCUGCUUAUAUCUCUCCCCUCUCCUCACCAACCAAAUCCCUCUCUUCCCUCUUUUCUCUCUCUAGUUCCCAAAUCGCAGCAGAAACAACAGAUCCAAUACAUACUAGGUUCCAUUGCAUCACACAUCAGUCACCCCAAACCAUCAAAUCAGACGCCCAUCAAAUCACACAGGCAAAGAGGAGAGAGAGAGAAACAGAGAGGAGGAAGAUGAGAGAGAUAUACUACUAAAGCAAUCCAUCUAUCCAUCAGUCAGGUAGCUCGCCAGCAAUCGCCCACCGCCUUUCCAUUCACGUACACCACCAUCCUCCCCUAAGCUCGGCUCAGUUCGUUCGUUGCCGCGUCAAAUCGACCCAAGAAACCAGCUUGCUUCGCGUGCUCUGCUGUUGCUACCACCACGUGCCUGAAGAAAGCAGCGAUCGAUCGGUCAUUGUUGGUCGGCAUGUCGUCCUCGUCGUCGUCGGCCUCCGCGGUCUCCGCCGCCGCCGUGUUCCCGCAGACCCCGCACCUGCAGAUGCCACCGCCGCUGCUAGUGGAGAACCUCCCGCCGCUGCAUCAGCUCUCGCCGUUGGCGGUGGCUCCCGCCUCCGAUCCGGAGCAGCUCUGCUACCUGCACUGCCACUUCUGCGACACCGUCCUCGUCGUGAGCGUGCCGACGAGCAGCCUGUUCAAGACGGUGACGGUGCGGUGCGGCCACUGCAGCAGCCUGCUCACCGUCAACAUGAGGGGCCUCCUCUUCCCGGGCACCCCGACGAGCACUGCCGCCGCGGCCGCACCGGUCUCCGUUAGCACUACUACUACCGCCACCACCACGCCCCCGCCGCCGGCCGCCGGGGCGCACCACGGCCCGUUCCACCUCCCCCACUCCCUCAAUCUCGCGCCCACCACUCCCCACCACUCCCUCCUGCACGAGAUAUCGAGCACGAACCCGAGCCUGCAGCUGCUGGAGCAGCACGGCCUCGGUGGCCUGAUCGCCGGUGGCAGGAACGCGGCCGCGCCACCGCCCGCAACAGGGAAAGGAGCCAAGGAGCCGUCGCCGCGCACCAACCCCGUCGUCAACAGACCUCCGGAGAAGAGGCAGCGCGUGCCGUCGGCGUACAACCGCUUCAUCAAGGAAGAAAUCCAACGCAUCAAGGCUGGCAAUCCCGACAUCUCGCACAGGGAGGCCUUCAGCGCGGCUGCCAAGAACUGGGCUCACUUUCCGCAUAUCCACUUUGGCCUCAUGCCGGACCACCAGGGGCUCAAGAAGACCAGCAUGCUACCUCAGGAUUACGAGAGAAAGGACGGCCUUCUAAAGGAGGGGUUCUACGCGACGACGGCUGCCAAUAUGGGGGUUGCUCCAUACUGAUCAAGCUUAAUGAACUAGCUAGCAAAAUAUUACUGCAGUUAAUUACCUCCUGCUGCUGAGAGUCUCCUUAGCUACUGGUUCCUAUCAGCAAGCUAUAUAUCUGGGGCGUACUGUACUCUUGUUACUUGAUCACGUCCGCUCGGUCCGCUGCUCGA